CCAUCUCGUUUCUUAUAGCUUGGAGAAACACAACAAAAACUUUCCAAGCCCAAUGGUGUUUCUUUCUAUGGAACUGUGGUCGUCUUCUUCGAUUAUUGUUUUCUUUCUUUCUGUUUUUAUUAUUUUAUGUACCACAGAAGCUCUCGUAAAGCUACCGAGGAACGAAACAGUUCCAGCAGUGCUAGUUUUCGGAGAUUCGAUAGUGGAUCCGGGCAAUAACAACAAUCUUAAUACUCUGGUUAAGUGCAAUUUUCCACCGUAUGGGAGGGACUUAAUGGGAGGAGUUCCAACUGGAAGAUUUAGCAAUGGAAAAAUUCCGUCUGACUUCAUUGCCGAAGCAUUGGGAAUCAAAGAGCUAGUGCCACCAUAUUCUAACGCGGCUCUUCAACUUGCUGAUCUCCUGACCGGAGUGAGCUUCGCCUCAAGUGGCUCAGGAUUUGAUCCUAUGACACCUAAGCUUGCGUCAGUUUUAUCUCUGCCCGAUCAAUUAGAAAUGUUCAAAGAAUACAUAAGAAAGUUGAAAAUGAUGGUUGGAGAAGAGAGAACAAACACCAUUUUAAGCAAAAGCCUAUUUCUAGUGGUAGCAGGCAGUGAUGACAUUGCCAAUUCAUACUUUGUCAGCGGUGUUCGGAAAAUCCAGUAUGAUGUUCCGGCUUACACUGAUCUUAUGGCUACCUCGGCUGCUUCUUUCUUGAAGGAAUUGCAUGGAUUGGGGGCACGCAGAACAGUUGUUACCAGUGCACCUCCAUUGGGGUGUCUGCCAUCACAGAGAAGCUUAGCAGGAGGGACACAAAGAGAGUGUGCUGAGGGUCACAACGAAGCAGCGAAGCUGUUUAAUUUUAAGCUCUCAUCUCGAUUGGAUUCUCUCAACGCCAAUUUUCCCCAGGCAAAGUUUGUCUACGUUGAUAUUUACAAACCCUUACUUGAUCUCAUCCAAAACCCUCAAAAAUCAGGGUUUGAAGUGGUGGAUAAAGGUUGCUGUGGCUCAGGGACAAUAGAGGUGGCAGUGCUAUGUAACCAAUUAAGUCCAUUCACUUGCGAAGACGCGUCAACUUAUGUAUUUUGGGACAGUUAUCAUCCUACAGAAAGAGCAUACAAGGUUAUAAUUGAUGAGAUCAUCCAGAAAUGCGUGGACAGCUUGAUCUGAUCAAACUGGUCCACUUCCUGAUAUCUCUUCAAUCUCCAACCCAUAUAUGGCAAGCUCCACUGCCUUUUGUUAUUUGUAAUGGUGAAAGUGAAAAUCUUCCUUCUUGGUUUUGUGAUCACAGUUAAAAGAGCUACAAUGGUUGUAAUGUCAUAGCUUUCUGAUUCCAUGUGCAAAUCCAUGAUAACUCAAUUAUCAUGUAGAGUGCUUUAAGUUCCACUCACCUUCAUCUUCUUCUGGUCAAGACAUAGGAUAUCAUAUGCAGUUCUACAUCCUGGAACUGUCUUGCUUUUCUUGGGAUUCUUCUUCUUCUUUGUUAUGUCUGUCUCUUUCUCUUUUGUUAAGCCUGCUUGGUGUAAUGGAAAGUUUUCCUCUGAAUUGUUCAAUACCUAUUUUA